AUGGCUGCCUCUAACAAAAUUUCGUCAGAUCAAAAUUUUAAUAUGGAUAAUGAAUUUAAUAAAUUGUCAGUAAAAAAUGAUUCUGGAUUAAGUAACAAUAAUAAAUUUUAUGGUUUUGGUACAGCAGUAGCUGGCAUGAGAAAACAAGACCCAAAAUAUUUCCAAGAAGGUGUUGUGGGUGUCAAAGGAGCAUCCGAAGCCGGUGUUUCUCUGGCGAUGAGAGCACUGGGUAUAGGAACUGUUUACGCUGUUACAGGGUGCGGUCUGCUGUUCUACGGCAUCUGGAAACUUUCUGGAGCCACUAACGCUCUGGAGUUUCGUCAGAAAAUGGGAUCUUUUUUGCCUCAGAUUCCUAAAAAUAAUCCUCCUAAGAGCAGAACCGAAUUCGAGGGACUUAAUGAUCUCUUGAAGUACGUGUCUGAAGAAUGGGGCAAAGAAAGUACAAGAUUUUCAUUCCAGAUUUUUAUGAUUGCUAACACGCGAUGUUUACUGUUCUCAUGGAGAACGUUAUUUAAUAUGAAAUAUUUUUUGUAA